AAAAAAUGGUUGUGUUGCUCAAAUUUCCAGCAAUCAAAAUUCAAAAUAAAUUUCCUUUUUAAAAAUCGUUUGGCCUAAAAACCCUAAUUUCUCCCUUCUUCUUCGUUAAUCCCUUGCCUUAAACCCAUGCAGGUGAGAUGCCCUAAUUGUAUUCGUCGAUUCCACUUCAGACUUAUACCUUCAGACUCGCCAAUUUCGACUCUCCAAUUUCCUCCUCAACUUUACCAGAUACGUUUUCUUCUUUCUAUUUUCCUUUUUUUCUUUCUAUUAAUUCCAUUCUUUACGCCAGGGGCUGUGAUUUUCUUUCCUCCAUCUCAAACCUUCUACUCGAUUACGAACAGUAUUUUUGAGAAAUUCCAUCAGCGCAAGUAAAUUUUCCGUUUCUUUAUUCAAAUUCUUUUUGCCGAGGGGUUGCGUUCAAUGCUUAAUUACUCAACCAGAGCGUGCCAGUUUUAUUUUUGAAUUUCUGAAGCCUGUAAUGGAGUUUCUGGAUAGAUAUUUGCUGGUUGGUUGAAAUUUAGUCAAGUAUGUAAGGAGUAUUUACUAUUUAGCCAGAUGGGUUUUCUUUUCUUGGUUUCAUUUUUAAGGUUAAAUGUUUAAACGGAUUGAAUUUUUUAGGAACGUGUUGUAGAAUGAUGGAUAGGACCCCUGGUUUGGUUUUGAAGCGUUCCUCGCGGAAGAAAGCUACUUCGCGAAAUUAUGACGAGGAUUUAAUGGAUGAUUUUGUAGAGAAGCAUAUAGGGGGUGUUUCGAAGAAGAAGAAGAAGGGUAAAACGGCAAAGGAUCUAGAGAAAGAGACCGAAAUUGAGGCUAUGAUAGCAUUGUCGGUUGGAUUCCCAAUUGACGCCUUGCUUGACGAGGAGAUUAAAGCAGGGGUGGUGAAGAAAUUGGGUGGGAAAGAGCAGAACGAUUACAUUGUUGUUAGAAAUCAUAUCCUUGCAAGGUGGCGGGGUAAUGUACGAAUGUGGCUUUCGAAAGGACAGAUUAAAGAAACUGUGAGCAAUGAGUAUGAACAUUUGAUUAGUGCAGCAUAUGAUUUCCUUCUGUACAAUGGAUAUAUAAACUUUGGUGUUUCACCAACCUUUACAUCUCAAGUGUCAGAGGAGGCAUCUGAAGGAACUGUGAUUGUUAUUGGUGCAGGUCUUGCCGGGUUAGCUGCAGCGCGGCAGCUAUUAUCAUUUGGUUUUAAGGUUAUUGUUUUGGAAGGUAGGAAUCGACCUGGUGGAAGAGUUUAUACUCAAAAGAUGGGGCAGGAGGGGAAAUUUGCUGCCGUAGAUCUUGGUGGUAGUGUCAUUACUGGUAUCCAUGCAAAUCCUCUUGGAGUUCUAGCUAGACAACUUUCCAUUCCACUUCAUAAGGUUAGAGAUAAUUGUCCAUUGUAUAAACCUGAUGGAACACUGAUUGGAAAGGAUAUUGAUGCCAAGAUUGAGUUCAUUUUUAAUAAAUUACUAGACAAAGUAACUGAACUGAGAAAGAUUAUGGGAGGAUUGGCAAAUAACAUUUCUCUUGGAACCGUUUUAGAAAAACUCAGGCAAUUGUAUGCUGUGGCUCGGAGUAAGGAUGAACGACAACUUCUUGAUUGGCAUAUAGCGAACUUGGAGUACGCAAAUGCAGGAUGUGUUUCAAAUUUGUCUGCUGUGCAUUGGGAUCAAGAUGACCCUUAUGAAAUGGGCGGUGACCACUGCUUCCUUGCAGGUGGUAAUUGGAGAUUGAUAAAAGCAUUAUGUGAAGGAGUUCCAAUAUUUUAUGGGCAGGUUGUUGACACUAUUAAAUAUGGAAAUGAAGGAGUAGAAGUAAUAGCUGGAGAUCAAGUGUUUCAAGCAGAUAUGGUCUUGUGCACGGUUCCACUUGGGGUUCUAAAGCGAAAGCAUAUCAGGUUUGAACCAGAGUUACCUAAAAGGAAGCUGGCGGCAAUUGACCGACUUGGUUUUGGAUUACUGAAUAAGGUUGCAAUGACAUUUCCUCAUGUUUUCUGGGGGGAAGACCUAGAUACAUUUGGAUGUCUUAGAGAGCAUUGCCAUCAGCGAGGGGAGUUCUUUUUGUUUUAUGGUAAUCAUACUGUUUCUGGAGGUGCAGUUCUUAUAGCUCUAGUUGCUGGAGAAGCUGCUGAAGCGUUUGAAUGCACAGAUCCGACCGUGUUGCUCCACCGUGUACUUGGAAUUCUCAGAGGCAUUUUCAGCCCCAAGGGGAUUGAUGUGCCGGAUCCAAUACAGACAAUAUGUACAAGAUGGGGCAGCGAUCCAUUUUCUUACGGUUCAUACUCUCAUGUUCAAGUUGGGUCUACUGGCAACGAUUACGACAUUCUUGCAGAGAGUGUGUGGAACAGAUUAUUCUUUGCCGGUGAGGCCACAACUAAGCAAUAUCCAGCCACCAUGCAUGGUGCCUUCUUGAGUGGGCUAAGAGAAGCUUCAUGUAUUUACCAAGCAACUCGGGGACGAUCAAACAAUUCAAGGAAGUACAUGACGAAAAGUCUCAGACAAGAUAUUCUGGCUGAUCUUUUUAGGAAACCUGACAUUGAAGUUGGAAAUCUGUCCUUUAUUUUCAAUUCCUCACUAGAUUAUGAAAAAUCAAUGGGGGUCAUGAAAAUCACAUUCAGAGGUAAGGGAGAAAGUUCCAACGACGAAGUAUUGGCAGACGAUUGUGAAGACCCCUUACAACAACAGCUGCUGCUUUACACAAUUGUAUCCCGUGAACAAGCACGUGAGCUUCAACUUGCAAUUGGAGAAGAUGAAGGCAGACUGUCAUAUCUAGUGAAAGAUUUUGGCUUAAAGCUGAUGGGACCCAGUGCCUUGACUAAUGUCGGUCACUCGUUGAUUUCUAGUAUUGCCGGUGCUCGAAGGGGCCGGGGUAGGAAUCGGUGGUCUGCUGGACAACCAAUGCAAUCCCAACCUCAACAACAAAUGCAAGCCCAGCCCCAACUACAACUACCAUCCCAGCGGCAGCCCCAGCCCCCACUCCAACUACAACCCCAGCCUCAGCCCCAGCCGCAACUGCAACUGCAACUGCAAGCCCAGCCCCAGCCCCAGCCCCAGGCACAACAACUGCAAGUCCAGCCGCAAUGUCGAUCUCAGCCACAACCCCAACUGCAACUCCAGCCUCAAUCCGAACUACUACAGCUGCAACCCCAACCCCAAUCCCAAUCCCAAUCCCAAUCCCAAUCUCAUCUGCAACCUCAAUCCCAACCCCAACUACAGCUACAACCACAACCACAAAUCUAAUGGAUAAUCUAAGAACCAACCGUCUUUUGGAAAUUGAAGUACCUGGAAACAUGUGGGUGCAUUGCUUUGAAAGGGGUGCCCAUGAAUAGGCAUGUCUGUCAAAUUCCAGAUGAAGAUUUGAAUUAUAUAUCCGAAGGGAUGAUGAAUUGGUUAUUUUCAUUGUUUCACAAUUCAGAAAAAAAGUGCCAUUUUUUUUAGCCUCAGCAUAUGGAUAAUGGAAGUCUGAAGCAAAACUGACUUGGUGGGUAGUAAAGCAAUAACUUCAUCAUUAGCUGAUCAUGUCAAAACCCUUUUGAGUAGAAGAAGAUCAAAUGACUGUAAGAAAAAAAAAUUGGUUUCGACUAGGAAAACAAGAGUUACAAUUCUUCCUUGUAUUUUUUGUAGUUCAACACAACUCUAUGUUAACUCAUUGACUCCAAAGAAAAACAGUUGUAAAACUUUUACAACACCUUUUGUAUCUGUACUAUAAACUCAUAUUUUUCCCUGGAAAAUCACAUCCUAGAAAACGUUUUAGCGCA